ACAAUGACAUGGUCCGUUGUUUUUCCUGUGGUGUUGAACUCUUUGACUGGAUACCUGGUGCUGACCCCCUGACCCAGCAUGCUUGUGCCUCUCCUGUUUGUUACUUCUUGCUGCACAGCAAAGGUCAAGAGUUCAUCAAUAAUGCUCAACAACAAGAGCUUGUGGUUGGAGUAAACCAAGAAAGUCAAAUAAAAGGUCUUGAGGCAGCUACUUCAUCCACCACACUGUCAACAGCAGCAGCAACAUCAUCAUCAUCAUCAUCAUCAUCGUCAUCAUCGUCAUCAUCUCCACAACCAACUGGACCCAGACCGUACCUGGACCUGGACUUGUUCUCUUCAGCUCGUGCACGUGGGUACAGCACAGAGCAAAUCUCUGAUGCCAUCAUCACCUUCUUUUACCUAACUUGUGGCCAGUUCCCCGACUCUCCCCUCCUGCUGGGUCUGCUCAAGGCCGGCACUGACCAAAACAAGACGCUUUGUGACAAGACACAGGAAAACCUGGACAUCAGGUCCGAGGUCCAGGUCAUUAAGUCAGAGGUUGAAGUCAUUAAGUCAGAGAACCAGGUCAUUAAGUCAGAGAACCAGGUCAUUAAGUCAGAGGUGAAGGCCAAGGACACAGAGAUCCAAGCCAAGGAGAGAGAACUCCAGCGUCAGAGGUUUGAGCGUGACUGGCGUGAGCUGGCCAUGAAUCAGGUGAGCUACAACCUUUGACCUUUGUGACCUCACCACAUUGGUGUUAUAAUAGUAUGUUCAAAUUAUUUGACCAUCUCAACUUUGACCUCUGUGU